AUGGAAGCCGAUUUGCAUAAUGUCAUCAAGAAAAUGACCAUUCUGAAGGACGUCCACAAGCAGUACAUAAUGUGUCAGCUAUUCCGAGCUAUUCGUUUUUUGCACAGCGGAAACGUGCUGCAUAGAGACCUGAAGCCAUCAAAUGUGCUGCUGGAUGCAGAUUGCCGUGUAAAAUUAGCCGAUUUCGGACUGGCACGAUCGCUUUCGUCGCUGGAGGACUAUCCGGAAGGUCAGAACAUGCCGGAAUUAACCGAGUAUGUGGCUACCCGGUGGUAUCGUAGCCCGGAAAUUCUGCUGGCCGCUAAGCGGUACACAAAAGGUGUCGACAUGUGGAGUCUUGGAUGUAUUCUGGCCGAGAUGUUGCUAGGUCGAGCAUUGUUUCCCGGGACGUCAACCAUAAACCAGAUAGAACGGAUUAUGAACGCGAUCAGUCGACCGAGUCGUGCCGAUAUCGAAAGUAUCGGUGAGUUGUUAUUACUGAAGUUGGUCUCGCCGUUCUUUCGAUCCAUCAUCCUUUCUGUAGAGCUGAUUGGUAAUGGAAGAAUCGGUAAAGAGAGCGUAUGA